GACAAUUGUCGGCGGCAUCGGCUAACUCGAUGACCAAUAGUCUUAGCCGGCAGUCGUCGGCGGCCAAUUCAAUGACCAAUAGUCUUAAUAGACCGACGACGGCGGCAGCGGCGACAACAAUGAACAACAACAACAAUACCAAUAGUCUUAGCCGGCCGACAACAAUCACCAAUUGGUCUAAUUGUGGCACCAAUUCGGCUGAAAAGCGACCAAAACCGGUAUUCUUCUGGAACAAUGCCGACGUUAUGAAAUGGAUGAAACGUCACUGCGAACAGUACUACGGUCUCUACGGUAAUGCCUUUCUCGAGAACGAAAUUACUGGCCGAUCGUUGGUCCGUAUGACUGAUUCGACACUCGAACGUAUGGGUAUCGCCGACAAUGGCCAUCGGGACGAUAUUCAGCGUAUUAUUUUGAAAUUGAAACUCAAAAGCGAUAUCAUCGAAAUCAAAGACUUGGAAAAAAAGAGCCAAUUGGGUGGCUAUGCGUCGUCAGUGACUACGGGUCACAGUUAGGUCACCAGACAUACAGACAAAGACAGGCCAUCAAAAUAAAAGCCGAUUUGAUGAACCAAUUGGUGGCCAUCACCAACCAAACCAUUCAUAUAUAUAUAUAUAUA